UUCUACAUUAUUGAGUCAGUACAAAAACAUUUUAGAUUCCCAAGCAUUAGUUUUCCAGCACAAAAUUAAAUGUUACAGAAAAAUGUUUGUUAGUCAUGAAAGCAGCAUAUUACAUAAGAGACCACUUUUCAGACAAAAAACACAAUGAAGGCUGCUGGGUUUUGAUGCAAAAAUAAGAAACAAGUGCGACAGUCAAAACCUCCAGAAGAACCUUGGCUGGUUCUGCAAGAUGCUCAAUAAAACUUACAGCUCAUUUCCUUAUAAAACUGUAGAACGUGUACCUGAGACUACUCUUUUUUUUCUUUUCUUUUUUUUUUUAAGCGCAGGGUCGUCAAACUAAAUAGUGAGUUUGUUGCAUUUAUUACUGUUUACUGAUCUUCAUAGUAUUUUUAAAUAUAGAAACAAUUUAUUUCUUUAUAUUUGAAGGCAUCUUUGCUCUACAUCAUUUCUUUGCAUGUGCCUAGGACUUUUACACAAACACACACGCAUUAAAACCACUAAUAUUGUGAUGCCCCUGCCAUAGUCAAUCUGGCAACCCUGUAUGUUUUCCCGCACUGGGAAACGCACAAACUGCGGGGGUAAGAGCGCGGGGGGAGAAUAGGCGGCACUAAGACCGCGAAACUAAACGUUGUGACUUGGGAGCAAGGCAAGAAUGGGAGCUCCAGAAACUUAUUAUUAUUGAGGAGGCAGGCAGCUCGUGGAAAGGACACCGCGCUUCCCUCCUCACUCGCUAUGACCAAAAUGCGCAUGAAGAGGCAGUCAAGACAAAGCCGAUAUCUGAGUCCCCAAGUGGCGACGCGUUAAAUCCGCAGGGUUCAUACGUAAUUCACCUCUUUAGUAGAAAGCCUACCGAAGGCGCAUCUGUUGAGGGACCGCAACUCUGAUCUCCAACUUUCAGCAUCCAGGACCGGAUUAAAGCUCCUGUGUGAUCUGAUCUGACAGAGCAAAUGAGAUCAAGGGCGAAACCGCGUCCAGCGCCCGGGGACAGCUGGGAAUGUCUUUUAGUCUUCUUUCUUUUUAAUCCGUCCGUUUUUUUGUUUUUGUUUUUUUACUAACGAGACAUGCGUCGUGUUCACGCAGGUUUGAGUUCAUGUUUAGUUCCCUGUAAGCGCUGCACUGACUGUGACAUGCAUUAACACUGACACCUGCGGAGGGACAGGAUCCGUAUGGUUAAAUAUACGUAAGGCUUUCUCUUUCUUUCCUCAACAACCUCCAACAAUCCCUUUCUUUAGAGAACAUUUCAUUAAGAUGAAAUUAAGAAACCGCUGUGUGUAAAGUAAUCACACACAUAUAUAUAUAUUUUCCUUAUUCGUUUCAUUUGAUAGUAUACCUACAGUAUAAUGCUGAAUGAACUGGAAGAGUCUUCUUAUAAGCGGUGUUGUAAGUUUAGUAGGUUAAUGAAGUCUAGUGCCUGUGUAGAAGUGCAACCCUGAGUUAAAUCUCUCUUUCGCAGGCUAGCAUGUCCGCACUAAGGAAAAAAUUUGGAGACGACUACCAGAUAGUGACCACUUCAUCCAGCGGCUCGGGUUUCGGCCAGGCCGCUCCGGAGCGCAAGCGGAAACGGCAGCGCUUCGUGGAUAAGAACGGCCGCUGUAACGUCCAGCACGGUAACCUGGGCGGAGAAACCAGUCGCUACCUGUCCGACUUGUUCACCACUCUAGUGGACUUGAAAUGGCGCUGGAAUCUGUUCAUAUUCAUCCUGACCUACACGGUGGCGUGGCUGUUCAUGGCCUUCAUGUGGUGGCUGAUCGCGUACGUGCGCGGAGACCUGAACCGAGCGCACGACGACAAGUACACACCGUGCGUAGCCAACGUGUACAACUUCCCUUCAGCCUUCCUCUUCUUCAUAGAGACCGAGGCCACUAUCGGCUACGGCUACAGGUACAUAACGGACAAGUGUCCCGAGGGCAUCAUUCUGUUCCUCUUUCAGUCCAUCCUCGGCUCCAUCGUGGACGCGUUUUUAAUAGGCUGCAUGUUCAUUAAGAUGUCCCAGCCCAAGAAACGGGCCGAGACGCUGAUGUUCAGCGAGCACGCAGUCAUCUCCAUGCGGGACGGAAAACUCACGCUCAUGUUCAGGGUCGGAAACCUGCGCAACAGCCACAUGGUCUCCGCGCAGAUCCGCUGCAAACUGCUUAAAUCUCGGCAGACCCCUGAAGGUGAGUUCCUCCCUCUAGAUCAGUUGGAGCUUGAUGUGGGUUUCAGCACCGGGGCAGAUCAGCUCUUCUUGGUGUCUCCCCUCACCAUCUGCCAUGUGAUUGACAGUAAAAGCCCCUUUUAUGAGCUCUCUCAGCGCUCCAUGCAGACCGAGCAGUUUGAAAUUGUGGUGAUCCUGGAAGGAAUUGUGGAAACCACAGGUAAGCAGGUUCAGUUCUCUGAUCUAGCACCUCUUCUUUUCUUCAAGAGUUUUGUUGAAUCCAGUUUCAAGUGGAUGCUGAUUUACAGUGACUGAAUAUUCUGUUAUGUAGAAGAGUAAGUGUGGGCAUAACGUUUCAGUGAUA